AGUUGUGUCUGACAACCACAUUCAGGGGGAUUAUCACUUUUUGUUUCAGUUUGGUCGAAGUGACGCUUGUAGCCCGCUCCUUCCUUCACACCGAGAGAGCAGCUGUUUAUCCAAAAAAGAGAGUAAAAAUUACAUCUGACACCGAGUCAUGACUGAGGCAGAAAAAGUGGAGCCGCAGAUGAGGCUGCCGAUGGGGGCCGGAGGGGCUCGCGCAUGCAAGACUUCAGGAGUCUGGCCGGAGCUGUCAGAACCACGCCUAUAGGGGCCCACAAUUGGUCCAGAAAGCGUAAAAUCAGCAAUCAAAGGGGCUUGGUUCAUUAGUGUUAGGGAUGGAGGCAGGAAGGACAUGUGAGAUAGUAACAGAUCUGCAGUGAACGGGGCCACAUCUCUUUAGUCAGAGUGGGAUGACUGAAGCAGAGAAACAGCUUUUUUCUCUGAGAGGCACACAGCGCAGCCGGACUCCACCGACACAUCGCCGCUUCUGCUGAAGGACCCAGCGGAGGAACCAAAGGAAAAGCACAUCGGCAGCAACUCCGAGCACUUUUCUUCACCCUUACAACACGUUGUGUGUUUGACAAGACGCUGGACUCUAUAGCGCUCCGCAGAAAUUAACAGCUCGCGAAGCGCGGAUCUACACUGGCUCCAGGUCUGGGGAAAUACCACUAAAAUAUAUCCAUUGUUUCACUUCGGUUUUUGUGGAUGCACCGAUGAGAGAUCCAGUUUUUACAGGGACUGCAAUGGCUUAUCACCCUUUCCACGCACACCGGCCGACCGACUUCCCCAUGUCCGCCUUUCUAGCGGCUGCGCAGCCUUCCUUUUUCCCGGCGCUCAGUUUGCCUCCCGGGGCACUCACCAAGCCCAUCCCGGACCACGGCCUGGCUGGGGCGGCGGAGGCUGGGCUCCACCCGGCCCUCAGCCACCAUCAGGCGGCUCAUCUCCGCAGCAUGAAAAGCCUGGAACCCGAGGAGGAAGUGGACGAUGACCCAAAAGUAACACUGGAAGCCAAGGAUCUUUGGGACCAGUUUCAUAAACUCGGCACGGAGAUGGUUAUUACCAAGUCCGGAAGGAGGAUGUUUCCUCCGUUCAAAGUGCGAAUAAAUGGGCUCGAUAAAAAAGCCAAAUACAUCCUGCUGAUGGAUAUCGUGGCGGCGGACGACUGCCGCUACAAGUUCCACAACUCCCGCUGGAUGGUGGCCGGAAAGGCCGACCCGGAGAUGCCCAAGAGGAUGUAUAUCCACCCGGACAGCCCGGCCACGGGAGAGCAGUGGAUGGCCAAGCCUGUUGCUUUCCAUAAACUCAAGCUGACCAACAACAUCUCGGACAAACACGGAUUUGUCCAGACCAUCCUGAACUCCAUGCACAAGUACCAGCCCAGGUUCCACAUAGUCCGGGCCAACGACAUCCUAAAGCUCCCCUACAGCACCUUCAGGACCUACGUGUUCCCGGAGACCGAGUUCGUGGCCGUGACGGCGUAUCAGAACGACAAGAUAACACAGCUGAAGAUUGACAACAACCCAUUUGCCAAAGGAUUCAGAGACACGGGGAACGGAAGGAGGGAGAAAAGGAAGCAGCUGACCAUGCCGUCUCUGCGGAUGUAUGAAGACCAGUGCAAGGUGGACCGAGAGGGCGCGGACUCGGACGCCUCCUCCAGUGAGACUCCAGCCGGCAGGGAUUCGGUCCACUCGCCGCUGGGGGCCGGUACUAGCCCGCUCAGGUUCAGCAGGCCCAGUCGAGAUGAGAAAACAUGCACAGACAGUGAGCAGGAGCUGGAGCAUCAUGAUGAUCACUGCACAGGCUCCAACAGCCCAGGAACAGAACCCGUGUCCCCCUACAGCUCCAGGUGUGAGGAGCGAGUGAGGGAAAGGCCGAGUGCUGAAAAGAAGGACGACGCCAUAUUCAGUAUAAGGAACCUUGAGAAGGACAAAGUGGAGAGCAGGCACAGGAAGGACACCACAGACGCGUUGACAAAGGACUCAGAUUCUGGAGGCAUUGGUGCCAGUAAGGACACCUUCUCCCCUCUAGUAGUCCAAACUGAGAGCCCCUCACACUUCAGCCCAGGUCACUUACAAAGCCUGGCUCUGUCUGGCCUUCACAGUCAGCAGUUCUUUAAUCCUCUGAACACCGGAUCGCCGCUGUUGUUUCACCCUGGGCAGUUUGCUAUGGCCCCUGGAGCUUUUUCUGCUAUGGGCAUGGGGCAUCUAUUGGCCUCUGUAUCCGGAGCAAGUGGUUUGGAAAGUGGCAGCCUCUCAGCCCAAGGCACAGGAGGAACCCCUAACCCCUUUCCCUUCCAUCUGUCUCAGCACAUGCUCGCCUCUCAGGGCAUCCCCAUGCCUCCGUUUGGAGGUCUUUUCCCGUACCCUUACACCUACAUGGCAGCAGCGGCAGCUGCAGCCUCAGCCUCAGCUCUCCCAGCUGCCAGCACCUCCAGCCCCCUCACCAGGAACCCUUUCCUGGGCUCAUCUCGGCCCCGCCUCCGCUUCAAUCCCUACCAGCUCCCUGUGUCACUGCCCCAGAGCUCCAGCCUGCUCACCACCGGCUUGCCAGGCAGCCUCAACCUGAGCUCAGAGUCCUCUAAACCUGGCAGCAGGGAGACCAGCCCGGCCCCAGAGCACCAUAGCAACCACAAGACAGGAGGAUCCAGCAUAAGGGCUGCAUCUCCCAAAACCUCCAUAAAAGACUCUGUAAAUGAGCUGCAGAGCAUCCAGAGACUGGUCAGCGGCCUGGAGGGCCAGAGAGAACCCUCUCCAAAUGCAGACUCUCCUAAGUGAUUAAAACUGUGUCUGGGAUGAAGAUUUGGCCACCAGAGGACUGGAAGUGCACAUCACAGAGACUGAGAUGAUGAUUUGACUGAACAUGUUUGAUGAAGGCUGAAUUCAAAUAUUUUUUGGAACAAAAAGCUGCAGGUAGACAAAAAUAUAUAAUCUAUGUAAUGAUAUUUAACCUUUACUGAAAUCACAAACAUUGAAGGCUUCAUGCAAAGCUGUUUCAGCUGUAGGAUAUUUCCACCAUCAUCAUGACAAAAAUCCCCCUGAAUCCAUUCGCUUUAGGGUUAGCAACUCCUAAACACACCAGGUGCCCUGCUAGACUUUUCAUUGAUUAAAUUAAGACCAAAUCAGAAAAAUUAACAAACUGAAUGUGCAAAGUACAGGAAACAAUGUUGACAAUAAAACAAUAAUCAUCAAAAAAAGAUAUAAAUUAAAAAUGAAAAUCAAGUUUGAUGACAUGAAAUAGAGAAACAAAAAAGAUCAUUAUAUCGAUUAUAAUAAAUAAAUUAAAACAGAUCACGUGAUCAUACAUAUCUGAGCCUGCAGCUCCACAAAAGGUUGGAAUUGAUGUGCGGAGUUUGGUUAACUUAAAGAAUUUGAGCAUCCAAGUCCGUUUUAUUUUCUUUUUAUUUCUUUUUCUUUUUCUUUUUAAACAAAACCGAGCCUUGAACAGGAGCCUGAACAGGCAAGUCUGAUUAUUUCAAAAGGGAUGGAAGGUUUUCCGUCUGCAGGAGAGAGAAAACACAAACAAAACAAACAAGAAAGAAAGAAAGAAAGAAAGAAAGAAAGAAAGAAAGAAUCGCUUUUCAUUUCACGCCAGAAAUAUUCUCUCUGAACUAUUUAUGUAAUUAAAAUUUUCUGUAAAUAAAGCUAAGAUCCAAGAAUAUGCAAUCGGUAUUAAUUUAUUCAAGGCUGUAUAAUAGCGUGUAUAUAUUUGGAAUUGAACCCCCGCCCCCUCCUUACCCUGCCCCCCUCCCUCAGUUUUACAUAGACUGUACAUUGAAGCUAUUUAGCGCUUGUUGGUUUGAAAAAGAAAAACUGUGUGAAGCGUCGCAGAUUUUUUUUUUUUUUUUUUUUUGUUUUUUUUUAGGGGACGUGUGUGCCAUGUUUUGUCCACAUCGACAAACUGCAGAGGAAUAGAGAGAAAGAAGAAGAAAAAAACACCUCAGGUUAUUUCACUCCAGACUGGAGAUAUUCAAAGUAAUUCCUCCAAACGGGCGCAUCAUUCAUAUCUACUCAGAAAUAUAUUUAAAGAUGGAAAUAUCUUGUUUAUGCUGGUUGUCCGGGUAUUUUUUUUAUCUCCCCAUCACCCCCCCCCCCC